CUGAAAGUCAGACCAGACCGUGAAAGAAAAAAUUUAACAAGAACACAAAUCUAAGGAAAUGAAUUUUUGCGAAAAGAAAAUUAAGUAAUUCCCAAUAAUAAACAAUAGAAUCUGUGUGGCAACUGCAGCCCCGAACAGCAAUAAUGUUGCGCAUCUAUCAAAACUCUUACCGGCGUACCGCAAAAAGGGCUGUUGUCUACUCCACGAAGGUUGCCUGCUGUAAUCAUUCCACGCUAUGCAGCAUCACCAGCCACCCACGUCGUCCGCCCCACAGCCAGCAUGCCAGUGGCAGCGGUAACGGGCGCUACCGUCGACAUGAAGAAUUCUUGCUAGCCGGUAAUCCAGCGAGGGGCUGGUCGAUUCCGCCUCCGUCUCGCGGCUACGGCAUGCUGGUGGUGCGCAUUCUGAGGGGAGCCCUCAAGCUGCGAUACCUCGUGCUGGGUGGUGCCAUUGGCGGUGGCGUGUCCCUAAGCAAAAAAUACGAGGACUGGAAGGAUGGCUUGCCUGACAUGAAGUGGCUGCAGGACGCCAUGCCUCAGGGCGAGAGAUGGAGCCAGUUCUCGAAGAAUCUCCUCGAGGUCGGUGCAGUGGUCAAGAAUGCAAUCGAUAUCGAUCCGGAGCUCAAGCAGCUUGGCGAGGAUAAGUUGUCGGAAUGGCGCUCGUGGUUCGACAGUCGCCUGGACGAUGCCAUCGAAGCAGCUGACUAUCAAGGAGUCCAGAUUGUCGAAACCAAGGAGGACCUGGCGUCCAAGACAACUGUCGCCGCCUUGGGUAUCAGCACAGACGAGAGUCGCAAGAAAUUUGAAAUGAUGCAGAACCAGGUGGAAACGCUGCAGACAGAGAUCAUGAAUGUACAGAUCAAAUACCAAAAGGAGCUGGAGAAAAUGGAGAAGGAGAACCGGGAUCUGCGCACACAGUUUCUCCUGCUCAAAACCAACAAAAAGACCUCAGCAAAGAAGAUUAAAAAGUCCCUCAUCGACAUGUACUCGGAGGUAUUGGACGAGCUGACCGGCUACGAUACGGGAUAUACCAUGGCAGAUCAUCUGCCGCGUGUCGUUGUGGUCGGGGACCAGAGCAGCGGCAAGACCUCGGUGCUGGAGUCCAUAGCCAAGGCUCGCAUUUUUCCCCGCGGCAGUGGUGAGAUGAUGACUCGUGCCCCGGUCAAAGUAACGCUCGCCGAAGGACCCUAUCAUGUGGCCCAGUUUCGCGACUCGGAACGGGAAUACGAUCUGACCAAGGAGUCCGAUUUGGCUGAAUUGCGCCGCGAGGUCGAGUUCCGCAUGCGGGCCUCUGUGCGCGGUGGCAAGACCGUGAGCAAUGAGGUCAUAUCCAUGACAGUGAAGGGCCCUGGACUUCAGCGCAUGGUACUGGUGGAUCUGCCGGGCAUCAUUUCGACUAUGACAGUGGACAUGGCCUCGGACACAAAGGACUCUAUUCACCAAAUGACCAAGCACUACAUGAGCAAUCCAAAUGCCAUCAUACUCUGCAUUCAGGAUGGAUCCGUGGACGCGGAGCGCAGCAAUGUCACCGACUUGGUCAUGCAGUGCGAUCCCCUGGGUCGACGAACCAUAUUUGUGCUAACCAAGGUGGACUUGGCCGAGGAGCUUGCCGAUCCCGAAAGGAUAAGAAAAAUACUCUCUGGCAAGCUCUUCCCGAUGAAGGCCCUUGGCUAUUACGCUGUGGUGACAGGCCGCGGUCGCAAGGAUGAUAGUAUAGAGGCCAUACGUCAGUACGAAGAGGACUUCUUCAAGAACUCAAAGCUCUUCCAUCGUCGCGGCGUCAUAAUGCCCCACCAGGUGACCAGCCGAAACCUGAGCAUGGCAGUCUCAGAUCGUUUCUGGAAAAUGGUGCGGGAGACCAUUGAGCAGCAGGCGGAUGCAUUUAAGGCAACCAGAUUCAAUCUGGAAACGGAAUGGAAAAACAACUUCCCCAGACUGCGCGAAUCUGGACGCGAUGAGCUGUUCGAUAAGGCCAAAGGAGAAAUACUCGACGAGGUGGUUACGCUCUCCCAAAUCUCCGCCAAGAAGUGGGACGACACACUCAACACUAAGCUCUGGGAGAAGCUCUCGAACUAUGUGUUUGAGAACAUUUAUCUGCCCGCUGCUCAGUCAGGUUCUCAAAAUUCCUUCAACACGAUGGUGGACAUUAAGCUGCGUCAGUGGGCCGAGCAGGCACUGCCAGCCAAGUCCGUGGAGGCCGGCUGGGAGGCCUUGCAGCAGGAGUUCAUUUCCCUGAUGGACCACUCAAAGAAGUCUCAGGAUCACGACGGCAUUUUCGACCAGCUUAAGGCCGCAGUGGUGGACGAUGCUAUUAGACGGCACAGCUGGGAAGACAAGGCCAUUGACAUGUUGCGCGUGAUACAGCUGAACACGCUGGAGGAUCGCUUUGUGCACGACAAGGCGGAGUGGGACCAGGCGGUGAAGUUCCUGGAGACCUCCGUCAAUGCCAAGCUCGUGCAAACGGAAGAGACACUGGCGCAGAUGUUCGGACCCGGUCAAAUGAGGCGCCUCACCCACUGGCAAUACCUCACGCAGGAUCAGCAGAAGCGGCGCAGUGUCAAAAACGAACUGGACAAGAUACUCAAGAACGAUUCGAAACAUUUGCCCACCUUGAGCUACGACGAGCUGACGACGGUGCGUAAGAAUGUGCAGCGGGAGAACGUCGAUGUGGAUACAGACUACAUUCGUCAGACAUGGUUCCCGGUGUAUAGAAAACACUUCCUGCAUCAGGCCCUUCAGCGGGCCAAGGAUUGCCGCAAGGCAUAUUACCUGUACACUCAGCAGGGUGCCGAGUGCGAGAUCUCCUGCAGUGAUGUCGUGCUUUUCUGGCGCAUCCAACAGGUCAUCAAGAUAACGGGCAAUGCGCUGCGUCAGCAGGUGAUCAAUCGAGAGGCAAGACGGCUGGACAAGGAGAUCAAGGCGGUGUUGGACGAGUUCAGCGAGGAUGACGAUAAAAAGGCCCAUCUGUUGACCGGCAAGCGCGUGCUGCUGGCCGAGGAACUGAUCAAAGUGCGACAGAUCCAGGAGAAGCUGGAGGAGUUCAUCAAUUCACUAAAUCAGGAGAAGUAGGAGGAGAAGGGUGCCAUAACCAAAGACACUGGACGACGACUCGACGCGUUACUUAUUUAAUUGAAUAAUUUAAGCUAAUCUCCUGGAGAAUCGAAAUGCAGCUGCAGCUGAUGGAAACCACAUAAUAAACCCCCAAAAGAUUGUUAGUUUGUAUUA